CAUUCACAUAGCGAACGACAGUAAUAUUGUUUGUCAUCAACGUCAAUGCGCUACUUUCACCAGUCAAACACAAACGGGGCAAUGUCAUCAACGAAAACAAGACAACUGUGAUCUUAUCCCGUCCUGAAUGUACAAUUAUUCCAGACAUUUCCUCAUAAAUUAGAAUAUAACUUUAGUGCUUUGCAAAACUAUCUCAAUCAUAAAAUGAUUUCGUUUUUGAUGCAUUUUCUUCGUCAACAUUUUUUCAUCAUUCUUUGUUGUGUGAUAACGGCUUCGCUAUGGCCAGAAUUGCGAAAACAUUUUGUCAAUGAAUAUGAACAGUAUCAAUCGUCACAGAGUGAAUCAGAAGUGAGACUUCUUACCGUUGAAGAGUUAUCGCAGUUUGACGGCAUACACAAUAGAGAUUUAUAUCUGUCGAUAUUGGGCAGCGUUUAUGAUGUGUCCAAGGGCAAAAAACAUUAUGGACCUGAUGGAAGCUAUAAUUAUUUCGUGGGCAAAGAUGCAUCUGUGGCAUUCAUUACGGGCGACUUUGAAAAAGAGCCAAACAGCAACACCGGAGAUGAUGAUGUGUUAAAAUAUCUCACAGCCAGAGACAUUCACAGUCUUUAUCAAUGGAAACAGUUUUACGAUAAAGAUUACACUUUUGUCGGUUUGUUAGCCGGUCGUUUUUACGGAUAUAAUGGUCAAAAGACAGAGUAUAUGAAAAAAGUCGAAGAACAAAUUGAGAUUGCCAUAGCUGAAAAUGCGAAGAACGAACAAUUACGUGUUAAGUAUCCACCUUGUAAUAUUGAAUGGAAAGCGGAGACUGGAACUCGUGUUUGGUGUACCAGUCAAAGUGGAGGGAUUGAUCGAAACUUCGUGGGUCUUCCUCGAAAAUUUUUCGAAGUUGGCAAAUCUGAAUAUCGUUGCGUCUGUGUUCCCGAUGACCGACUGGAUGAUCCGCAGCUAAAAGAAUAUGACAAUUGUGAUUCGAAUUCAAUUGAUUGCUUCUACACCGUAGAUUAAGACAAACUCAAAAAUAUACCGAGAAAAUGUAAUUUUCUUUUUCAAUUGAGAUUUUUUUAGAGUAAACUUUUUGUUAUGGAAAGGAUGAAUCGAACAAUCGCGCUUGACGAUUUAUUUGUGUAUCAGUGUGCCUUGGAAAUACUUGUUAUAAAAUAAAGAGAAUCAAACAAAUCUAUACACCUAA